UGGGAAGCUAGCUGGGUGGCUGAGUGACGCUGUGUCCUCAGUAUCAGACAGACCCAUGCUGCAUCUGGAACCGUCCCUGGGCAUGGGAGGCCAGGGACGCUGGCUUGGUCUCCUGCUUGUGCUCCUGUUUCUCCUUGACAUCACCUGGGCAGAGGUGCAACGACCCCAGCUGCCACAGCAGGCUCCAACUCCUGGAGCCCUGAGCAGGAAGGAGAGCUUCUUGCUCCUCUCAUACCACAACCGCCUGCGCAGCCAGGUCCAGCCCCCUGCGGCCAACAUGCAGAGAAUGGACUGGAGCGAAAACCUGGCCCGAUUAGCUCAAGCCAGGGCAGACCUCUGUGGCACUCCAGCCACCCUGAACCUGGUGUCCAGCCCACCACACACCCCACAAGUGGGCUGGAAUGUGCAGCUACUGCCCAUGGGCUCAGCAUCCUUUGUUGAAGUGGUCCACCUCUGGUUUUCGGAAGGGCAGCAGUAUAGACAUGAGGAUGCUGAGUGUGCCCACAAUGCUAUCUGCACCCAUUACACACAGCUUGUGUGGGCCACCUCGAGCCGUCUGGGCUGUGGGCGGCAUCUGUGCUCUGUGGGCCAGGCAGCAAUGGAAGCCUUUGUCUGUGCGUACUCCCCGGGAGGCAACUGGGAUGUGAACGGGAAGACAAUUGCCCCUUAUAAGAAAGGUACCUGGUGUUCACUCUGCACAGCCCGUGUGUCAGGAUGCUUCAAGGCCUGGGACCACUCAGGGGGCCUCUGUGAGGUCCCCAGAAAUCCAUGUCGUAUGAGCUGCCGGAAUCAUGGACAUCUCAAUAUUAGCACCUGCCACUGCCACUGUCUCCCUGGCUACACAGGGAGAUACUGCCAAGUGCGGUGCAGUGUGCAGUGUGUACACGGCAGGUUCCGGGAAGAGGAAUGUUCCUGUGUCUGCGAUGUCGGCUAUGGAGGAGCCCAGUGUGCCACCAAGGUGAAGUUUCCUUUCCACACCUGUGACCUGAGGAUUGAUGAAGAUUGCUUCAUGGUGUCUUCAGAGGCAGAUACGUAUUAUGGAGCCAGGAUGAAAUGUCAGGGAAAAGGUGGGGUGCUAGCCCAGAUCGAGAGCCAGAAAGUGCAGGACAUCCUUGCCUUCUACCUGGGCCGCCUGGAGACCACCAAUGAGGUGACUGACAGUGAUUUUGAGACCAAGAAUUACUGGAUUGGACUCACCUACAAGGCAGCUAAGGACUCCUUCCGCUGGACUACUGGGGAGCACCAAUCCUUCACCAGUUUUGCCUUUGGGCAGCCUGACAACCAGGGGUUUGGCAACUGUGUGGAACUGCAGGCAUCUGCCGCUUUCAACUGGAAUGACCAACGCUGUAAAACUCGAAACCGUUAUAUCUGUCAAUUUGCCCAGGAGCACAUUUCCCGGUGGGACCCAGGGCCCUGAGCCUGGCCAGGCAGUUCUCCUGCCAGGCCCUGGGUGCAUGAGCCUGCUUGCCUGACUGCUCACCUAUGUGGAACAAGGGCCAGGCUAGGACUGUAUGUCCAACAUCCAAAGAGGUCUCAGACUCUGCAUAGUGAUGGCUGUUGAGUAGCAAAGAAGCAGGGAAUGGAUAGAAGAUGCUAGAGGAGCCUGGCAUCGGAAGAGAAGAAUGAGACCCUCAAGAGCUUGCUUUUGAUUGGGAAGACAGGCUCCACAAGGCACUGAAGCAGAAGCCAGAGCCUAUAGCCAGAAAAAGCUGCUCUGCUCCAUCUGGACCAAACCCCCUGCAACGCUGGAGUUUUCCAGACUAGAUGCCUCUACAAAAGAUUAAAUGAAGUUAUAAAGUUUGCAA